GCCAAUCAGCAAAACUCAAAUCAGUUUAGGAUAAAAUUGAAAUAGGUCUAAUCCGACAUCUAUAAAAAAUUAGAUUAGAAGUUCAGACGAUCAUAUAAUAUGUCUACACUAAUGCAUAGGUAGCCGAGAACUCGGAAAGUGGACGGGAAACCCACAUACAUUAGCAAGUAGUAAGAAGUUUCCCUGAGGUUUUCAACAAAAAGAAGAAGAAAAAUCAAAUAACGAAGAACUAGACAAAAUGACUUCAAAUUCACCACAACAUCGACAACCUUCAUUACGAGCUCUACUCCAGGAUGACUCUAUAAGCGAGGAGCUGGGCUUCUCUGCAGCAGUGGUAACGUUAGAAACCAAACAAGAGCUAAAGGAGAUGCUCGUGGAGAAGUGUGAUGGGGCUUUAACUCCCCUUUGUGGCGAGACAAAGGAUUGCAACACAGACCAUGAGGCCUUCGAUUUCUCAUCAAUCAGAGCAUCGGCCGCCAAUAUCUUGCCCAUUAGGAGCCAGCUACUCUACCUGAUGGGGAGAGCCGAUGAUUUGCAGAACCAACUUGCUCACACGCAGGACCAACUAGAGAGGGAGCACCUCAGCACCCUGGUGUCCACACUCCUGUCCAGCUCCAGGCCACUCUUCACUUACCUGGAGUCCAGAGCCCGGAGCAGGCUGACCCAGCAGCCGGCAGGCCCACCCCCCACCACCAGCUCCUCUACACUCUGUGAGAGGUUAGAACAGUUGGUACAGAACUAUGUCAAACAGGGACUCCUCUCAGUGGAUGAGAGACAGUUAGACAGCCUGUCUGACCUCUACCUCGGCCAGUGCGUGAUAGACAGGCUGAAGGUGUCCUUGUUCCGCCACCAUGCUCCUGCGCCCUUUAUGUCCGGGGGCAGGGCCCACCCCAGCCUCUUCAAGCGCAUGCGCUGGAACGUGGAGAGGCUGUCAGAUGACCGGCUCCAUCCCCACCACCACCUCUACCACCACCAUCGGCCUCAUCAGCAGCAGGGGGAAGAGCCAGAGGAGAGGCAGCUGGAGACAGGCGCCGACACAGAAUACUUCCUAAUGUGUUAUGAGGACAUCCCCCAAAGGGUCAGCGGAGAGGAGGAGGAGGGGCUUCCCCCUGGUGCCUCUGCAACAAGGGGAUGGUCGAUUGGUCGCUGGGUUCAGACCUUCCCCGACCCUGACACAGGGGACAUCUAUGACUGGAUCCUUUGUGAGGUCCCUCAGACCAGAUACCUAAAGCUGGUCACUCUAGGCAGUGAGGAGCCAUCCGUCCGUCAUGCCACAGACCUCCUGCUGGGGCUGCUGUUUCCCCAGCAGAUUGGAGGAAAGGAUGACUUGCCUUGUUCAGAGUCAUAAGAGUAAGGUUAUCGAGUACGCGUGUUUGAGAGCAAAUUAUUUUUAGUCGAGUCAUCACCAGGACUGCAGACAAACAAACAAAAGGGUCCACAGGGAUUUUAAGCAGGCCAUGCGUUCAUAAAUAGUAGUUGUAAAAAUGAGCAAUGUUGACGCCCUACAUUUUUUCGAAAGUGGUUCUCUGGCAGUACGUUCAGCUGAUUGUCAAGCUUUCAGUUUAACAAGUGCUAGAUGUUGUAAAAUAUGUUUUACGCACCUGUGUCCGGCUAUGCACUGUACGUUUUGUAAUCCAGGAAAGUAUUUUUAUAAUCUAUUAUUGUUGCAUACAUAUUUAAAACUAUAAAAAUAGCUAAUUG